AUGUCUACUGCCGUCGACAACGCCACCGAGAACCAGGCCACCGCUCCUGCCCCCGCGACCACCGCCCCGGAGGCUACCACCAACGGUACUGCUCCUGCUGCCGCUCCCGCCCAGUCCACCGACGCGGCCGCCGCCAGUGCUGAUGAAGGACGUCGGUUGUACAUCGGAAACCUCGCGUAUGCGACCACUGAGGGGGAGCUCAAGGAGUUCUUCAAGAGCUACAAGAUUGAGAGCGUCUCCAUCCCCGUGAACCCUCGCACCAACCGCCCCGUUGGUUACGCCUUCGUGGACCUUGCUACCGCGCACGAGGCUUCCGCUGCCAUCGAGGAGCUGUCCGGAAAGGAAAUCCUCGCCCGCAAGGUCUCCGUCCAGCUGGCUCGCAAGCCCGAGCCUGCCGAGGCCAAGGCCGACGGUGCUGCCAGUGGCGGUGAGGGUGCCAGCGGCAAUGAGGGCCGCAAGAGAGCCGGCGGUCGUACCCGUGGCCGCGGCCGCGGUCGCGCUCGUGGCGGUCGUGUCGGACGUGGAGGCCGUGCUUCUCAGACCGAACAGACCGCCGAGCCCGUCAACAUUCCCGGCCAGGUCGCUCCUCUGACCGAGGUCACCAACCAGAACGACGCUGCUGCCACCACCGAGGCUGGCAAGCAGGCCGGUAAGCCUCGCGCUCCUCGUCCUCAGAAGCAGCGUGGACCCCCCGAGGACGGCAUUCCCUCCAAGACCAAGGUCAUGGUUGCCAACCUUCCUUAUGACCUGACCGAGGACAAGCUCAAGGAGAUUUUCGCCAGCUACUCGCCCGUUUCCGCCAAGAUCGCUCUGCGCCCCAUUCCCCGCUUCAUGAUCAAGAAGCUCCAGGCCCGCAACGAGCGCCGCAAGGGCCGUGGUUUCGGUUUCGUCACCCUUGGCUCCGAGGAGCUCCAGGACAAGGCCGUCAAGGAAAUGAACGGCAAGGAGAUUGAGGGACGUGAGAUCGCCGUCAAGGUCGCCAUCGACAGCCCCGGCAAGGAGGACGACGCCAUCGCCGGUGACAAGCCCGAGGAGACCGCCGCUGCUCCCGCGACCGAGACUGCUGCUCCCGCUGCUCCCGCGCAGGAGAACGCCGCUCCGGCUCCCGCCGCCGCGGCCGCUACUGCCACUGCUUAA